CCAUAGCGAGUGCAAACUACGCGCCAGUAUUCUUCCUCCUCCCCCGUCUGGACAACAACACAUACGUAGUAGUUUUACGUACCUCGAAAUAUGCCCUCCUCCCCUUAACCCGGCCUUUCUUUUCAAAGAUUCAAAAUCAUAUUUCCUCUCUCUCUCUCUCUCUCUCUCUCUCCUUUUUCCUCUGCCACGGUUCGUUUAAACAGGGAAAAGAGAGAAAAUAUCCUCCAACCACCACCGUCUCCGCACGGCUUCUCUCAAAAGCUCCUUCACCUCCUUUAUAUUCUCCACGAGAAUUGAAAUUCUUCAGCCUAAAACUCGAAAAAGAAAAAGCUUUUAAUAUUUGGGAGGCUUAGUUGGUAGACUGGCUGUGCGGACGGCGGAGCUGGGACUUGGGGGAAGCGCAAAGGUAACAAUUAGAUCGCUGAAGAUCUUCGGAGGAAGAUGAAUGUGGUGGGGAGACAGAUGUCGCGAUCUACUUCGUCGUCGCACCACCAGCGUCAGUACUCGGACCACUUGAUCGACGCUCCGUCCUCUAAUAAGUGGCUCCAAUCGGCGAGUCUCUCUCAGGACUUUGGGUUCUUUGGUGGAGGACUUCAGGGCUCGAGGAUGAGCCGGAACGUGGCGCUGGACCCUUCCACGCCUCUGGGUUCGCGGUCCUCGAGCAUGAGAAAGAACGGCGACGAUCAAGUCUCGCCGAGCGAGUUCAGCCCAGGGUUGCUCGAUCUCCAUUCCUUUGAUACUGAGCUGUUACCCGAGAUGUCGGUCCCAAGCCUUUAUGAUGGAUCACAACUUCAUCAAAUUCUCCAUGGUACGAGUUUUGAAGACUCUGAGCCAUUUGUUUCCACCAACAGGCUGACAAACAGGCCCCGAGGUUUGCCUGAGAAUAAUCUUCUCAAAAGUUUCUCAAUGGAUAAAGAGAGGUCCAACAAUGUUGCUAAGAUCAAAGUUGUGGUGCGCAAGAGGCCGCUGAAUAAAAAGGAAAUGGCAAAGAAAGAGGAAGACAUUAUUACCAUAGAACCAAAUUCCAAUUUUCUUACGGUUCAUGAAACAAAACUCAAGGUUGACUUAACAGAAUAUGUUGAAAAACAUGAAUUCGUUUUUGAUGCCGUUCUGAAUGAAGAUGUUUCAAAUACUUUAGUGUACUCUGAGACCGUGGAGCCAAUAGUUCCCCUGAUUUUCCAUCGAACUAAAGCAACUUGCUUUGCAUAUGGGCAAACAGGGAGUGGCAAGACUUACACGAUGCAACCACUGCCCCUCAAAGCAUCCCAAGAUAUUUUAAGCUUAAUGCACCACACAUACCGGAACCAAGGUUUUCAAUUAUAUGUCAGUUUCUUUGAGAUAUAUGGAGGGAAACUUUUUGAUCUCCUCAAUGAUCGGAAAAAGCUUUGCAUGAGGGAGGAUGGGAAACAGCAGGUGUGCAUUGUGGGUUUGCAAGAAUACAGGGUAUCAAAUGUUGAGACGAUCAAGGAGUUCAUUGAAAUAGGAAGUACUACUAGAAGUACUGGUACAACUGGUGCAAAUGAGGAAUCUUCUCGAUCGCAUGCUAUACUUCAGCUUUGUAUCAAGAGAUCAGCUGAUGGGACCGAAUCAAAGCCUGCACGACUUGUAGGCAAGCUAUCUUUUAUAGAUCUUGCUGGAAGUGAACGUGGUGCAGAUACUACUGAUAAUGAUAAACAAACAAGAAUGGAAGGUGCUGAAAUCAAUAAAAGCUUACUUGCUUUGAAAGAAUGCAUUAGAGCUCUUGACAAUGACCAGGGUCACAUUCCUUUCAGAGGGAGUAAGUUGACUGAAGUUCUUAGAGAUUCAUUUGUUGGAGACUCGCGCACUGUUAUGAUAUCAUGCAUUUCACCAAGCUCAGGAUCAUGUGAACACACCCUCAACACACUAAGAUAUGCUGACAGAGUGAAGAGUUUAUCGAAAGGGAACAGCUCCAGGAGGGAUCCGUUGUCUUCAUCUUCAAACCUUAGAGACUCAACUGCAUUGCCCUUGUCUUCAGCUUUACCAGCUGAAUCAAUUUUUGAGGAUAACACAACUUGUGUUCCCCAUGACAAGAACAGGUUUGGCUGGUCCAAACAGAUUGAAAGAGAACCCUCACCACCAUUUAACAUGGAUCGUGUUCCUAGUGGGAGGAUAGAGGAAAUUUUGCCUGCAGGUGUAUAUUCAGAUUAUUACAAAGGUCAGAGAGAUGGUCAAAAUGACAUGGCUGAAGAUGAUUUUGAUUACUCUCAGCAGACCUAUGAACAGGAGAAACCGCCACGUGUGAAUAAUAAGAAGAUAGAGACCUACCAUAAAUCAAUUUUAGAGGAUAAGAGGAAGAUUGACACUCCGAUGAAAUGGAGGGAUAUGUCAAACUUUGAAGCCAACAAUUCUGGUUCUGUUGAUGAUCUUAAUGCCCUGCUAAAGGAAGAGGAAGACCUUGUAACUGCUCACCGUAGACUAGUGGAAGAGACAAUAGACAUUGUUAGGGAGGAGAUGGAUCUGCUGGUUGAAGCUGAUCUGCCAGGCAAUCAGCUGGAUGAUUAUAUCUCCAAGUUAAAUGCCAUUCUUUCACAGAAGGCUGCUGGAAUUCUUCAACUGCAGACCCAGUUGGCCCAAUUUCAGAGGCGUCUGAAUGAGUAUAAUGUUUUGGUCUCUUCUGGUAAUUGAAUUCAUUAGGGGGGAGACUGCUGAUGAAAACCAUUGUUGGAUAUGGUGUGGACUUUGUUGAGCACUUGUUUGUGUUGCUCAUUUUCUUCCUUGUUGGAAGUUUGGUUUCCUUUAUAUCGAGCCUAGUUUCUGGCUCAACGCUGUUGUUGUUUUGACCUGAGUUAGAGGAAACUUGAUACGUAAAUAUAUCUGCUCCCUUGCACUUUCUGUAA